UGUUGGGGGGGGGGGCAAGCCGGGUGUCUCGGCACGGAGAUCUCUACAGGGACUUUGCUUCCAGAGAGAGGCACUGAGCACACGUCUUGGCUGACACUUCAGGGCUGCACUGAAAAAGAGCUUCAUCCUUCAGUGCUAUUUUUCAGAUUCGCUGCAUUUGAAGGAACAUUCGCAUAAACGUGCUGCACCAAAGCUCACUGAGAAAUCGGACAUAAUUCGGAAGCAUGGCUACAGACUUCCUCUGAUUUUUGACAAAGGUGGCGGCUGCUCAGAUAGCUGUUAAACGUUGAACUGAAAGGCGUUCCAAAUAAUGGAGGUACUGCAGUGUGAUGGGUGUGACUUCCGAGCAGAAACGUACGAAGAUCUUAAGAGUCACAUCCAAGAUGUUCAUACCAUUUUUUUGCCCCGUGUGGAUGCUCCAGAGGAGGAUACUGGUCAAGCGAGUUCUGUUGUACCGAGCCAAGACAGCCCAGCUGAAGUGAAUCUAACUGCUGUGAAGACUGAGAUUGGAUCUCAAGGAGAAGCACCAACACAAACUACCUUUCAAUCUGGUUCCUCCAAUUACAUCAGUAACAACCAGGUUCUUUACAAUCAACACAUCAACCAACCAUCAAAACCUGCAAGCAACAAGUUUUUCCAGUGCAAGUACUGUGUCCGCUACUUUCGAUCCAGAAAUCUUCUCAGCGAACAUACCCGAAAGGUCCACGGUCACAUUGAGGGAUCUAUAUUUGCUGGUGAGACUUCAGCCAUCUCCCCACCUCCAGCUCCCUCCAGCUACCACAUCCUCAUGCACGAAGGAUUUGGGAAAGUGUUCGCUUGCCGCUUUUGUACUUACAAGACCCCGCGACGCACACGAAUCAUCAAACAUCAGAAGCUGUGCCACAGGUCUGGUGGGAAAGGACAGGAAUCGCAUGGUGAAGUGCCCACUGACGCGGUGGAAAGAAGCAUCCUGGAAGCACAAGUUAAACCCUUAACAAAGUCGAGAGGGAGCUUUUGCUGUGAGUGGUGUGGCUAUCACACUUCCAGACGAGAGCGCUGGUGCGACCAUUUGAUGAAGAAACACCGCAGCCUUCUAGCUCAGGGACUGGUCAAGAUUAUUUCAUCUCUGAGACAACAGCAAUCCGGGUCAAAUGUUGGUACUUCGAAGCCCCAGCAAAAUAAGGAUGUACAAAAACUCGCUCCUGGCUCUAACUAUUUGCCCAUGAAAACAGUCAGGAGGGAAAUGCCUUCCACUCAGUAUUCAGUUUUAAAAGGCUCCUUGGGAACGUCGCCCAUGAAGCAGGGCCCCACUGCAGUUUCAAGGUUUGCGCCCAUUAAAAUCAAAUUUCCCUUUCAAAAGCUGAAGCCCAAAACCACCCCUAAUGCUAGCGACGGCGAAUUGACAGGCAGAUCGGCCUUCAGGAUGGCUGACCUGAAAGUGACCAAUUCUGGACUGGAGACCAGCAGUUUGCUAAGCGAUGAGAGAAGCAGCUCUGAUGAGGAGCAUCAGGACCUCGAUGACCAAAGCCAGAUGGACUCUUUAGCAUCCCAGAGUUCCGGAGCGUCGGAGAAAAAGUUGCUGACUAUCGGCAACACAAAGCUACUUGAAACCAAGGGGAUUCCUUUCCGUAAGUAUAUGAACCGGUUUCAGUGUCCGUUCUGCUCCUUCCUUACGAUGCAUCGCCGCAGCAUCUCGCGGCACAUUGAAAACAUCCAUUUGUCAGGUCGGACUAUCGUUCACAAGUGCAACCUUUGCCCUUUCACCUGCACCACUGCUCAGAAGCUGGUGGUUCACAAGCAGAGCCACUCCUUGGAGUGGGACACCGUCAGCUCACAGAACAGCAGCGUGGCCUCUUUGAGCGACAGCUUAGUGGCGAUCGAUACGAAUCUAACUCAAAACCAGACCGUCAACGGGGAAAAGUCACCGAUAACGGGAGAUUCCAAACAGCAGUAUCCUUACAAAUGUAGCAUGUGCAGUUACUCGACGGUUACCUUAAAGGGCCUCCGUGUGCAUCAGCAGCACAAGCACUCGUUCUGCGAUAAUGCGCUACUGGAAGCGACACCUGAUGGGGGUGCGGAUGGGCUGCAGGACACAGGGUCGGAGUACGAAGCGCUCGCUUCACCGAGCAUCGUGAAGACUCAGACCUCGAUCCUGGGGUCGACCUCCAAAAACAGCUUUUUGUUCAAGAAAGGCAAAAGGUUGACGGCGGACAGCCCACUGGACCUGUCUCCAGCGAAGAAGAGAACGAGAAUAGACGAGAUCGCAAAUAAUUUGCAGAGCAGAAUCAGCCAGGCCAAUCAGCAAGUGAGCGAGUUGGAGUCGGCAGUUGCAGUGGAAGAGGAUGAAACUCUUGAGGAAGAGGAGGAAGAAGAGGACGAGGAGGAGGAGGAAGAAGAAGAGGAAGGUGUAGGUGUGGGAAUAGAGGGGGAUCUGAAUGACAGGGAGGGGAAGAUUGAUCAUCUGAUGGACAUGCAGAAUUACACUUAUGGUGACCAGCCAUUGUGGGUCGAAAGGACUGAUGGAAUGCAAGACGGGACCAGCUUUGGAACAGUGGAUCACGAGUACACUGGAAUGAACAGUGCCGAAAUUGAACUGACCCUCUCUGAUGACGAUGACUUUUAUGGGUUUUCCAAUUCGAUGGAACAUCAUGACGGUUCACAGCACAAGCAGGUGGGAUACAAAAGGGGGAGCAGCGAGAGCAGGGAUGGCUUUCAGGAGAACUGUGAGACGGGUGACGAUUCUGGUAAGAUCUACUACUGCAAGCACUGCAAUUUUAGUAACAAGGUGGCCCGCAGCGUGAGUACCCAUUACCAGAGAAUGCACCCAUAUAUUAAAUACAGCUUUAGGUAUAUUGAGGAUCCCACAGACCAGAGUGCAGUGUACCGAUGCCUUGAAUGUUUUGUAGAGUAUGCGGAAUUUGAAGUCCUGCGGCAGCAUUACGCUCAGUUCCAUCCUGAAGCUCAAAAUAUCCUGAACUUUCAUCAAGCUAACUUGAUCUACAGAUGUCGCUUCUGCUCUUACACCAGUCCCAAUGUCCGCAGCCUAAUGCCUCAUUAUCAGAGGAUGCACCCCACUGUGAAGAUCAACAACUCCAUGAUCUUCUCGAGUUAUGUGGUGCAACAAGCAACCGAAAUAAACGCGGAGUCCCAGACCCUGAGAGAGAUUCUGAAUUCUGGUCCCAAGCAUGUUGGUGCGUCCACGCCCGACUCUCAGCAAGGUGGACCGCACAGCCCUUCAAGUGCCAAUUUUUUAAAGAGUGUGAGCCCUCCACCAGGUGGAAAGAAAGGCGAAAUGAUUAGCGCUGUGGUGUACAGUUGUGAUGUCUGUUCAUUCUCGAGUCCAAACAUGCAUUCGGUACUGGUACAUUAUCAAAGAAAACACCCGGAUGAGAAGGCUUCCUAUUUUAGAAUUCAAAAGACCAUGCGAGUGGUCUCCAUCCAGAAUCCUGGGAUUAAUGCUCAUAAUUCUGGUGAGAUGAGUCCAAUAAUGUCACCUGAGGAGCCUCCAGUAACCCCUCAGCCAGUUGAAUUUGAACAGUUGUAUUACUGCAAGCACUGUGUUUACAGCAACCGGUCAGUCGUUGGCGUGCUCGUUCACUAUCAAAAAAGACAUCCCGAGGUAAAGGUGACAGCAAAAUACAUCAAACAGGCGCCUCCCACUCCAGCUCUGAAAAAGACCAUGGAGGAACUGCAGAUCAUGCCAGCGAGACCCCACGUAUCGCAGCUAUCUCAAAUGAACAAGAACACUUUUGACGUCAGAGAGUUGACUGCUCAGCAGAGGGCGACUGAGAAGGGCGAGGGAGAAAUGAUGUUUUUUUGUCAGCACUGUAACUACGGGAACCGAACGGUUAAGGGCGUCGUGAUUCACUAUCGGAAGAAACAUCGCGACAUCAAAGCCAACGCGGAGCUCGUGCGGCAGCACACAGCAGCCGUGAGGAGCCAGCGUGAACGAGCCACAAACAGCCAAGUGGUCAGCACGCCAACCCCAAACACCCAGCCCGAAACCGAGGGCGAGCAGCUGCGUUUCUUCAAGUGCAGGCAUUGCUCCUAUACAGCACACUACCUCUACGCCAUCAGAAAACACCUUAGAAAGCAGCAUCCCAGUGUGAAGGCUACAGUGACGACUAUCUUGCGGUGGGCAUAUCAGGACGGGGUGGUGAGCGCUGGUUAUCACUGUGAAUGGUGCAUUUACUCGCACCAGGAACCUAGUGGGCUGUUGAUCCAUUACCAAAAGAGACAUCCAGAGCAUCCUGUAGACUACACGUACAUCUCUAGCAAACUGUGGGCAGGUCCUGAUCCCUCGGCGGACCCGUCGCAGAUAGCCUCGAUUGACCUCAAGCAGUACAAAUGCAGAGAUUGCGAAUUUGAAGCCGCAUCAAUCUGGGACAUCACAAACCACUAUCAGACUUUGCACCCAUGGGUGGUAAGUGGGGAUGAGUCUGUACUGCUUGAUAUAAUCUUGGGUAAGGAUGCAUCCGAACAAAACAACCCAACAGCUCAUGACGACGCAUCGCUGGAUUUUACAAACAGUGUGAAAAGCAUUCUAAUGUGCACUCAGCUGGAGCAUGAAUCGCCUCUGGAAGUCUCCAGUCUUUCUUCAGUCAAAGAAUCGCCACCUGCCGCCAGCAAUUCCACACCUCCCGGAUCGCAGUACCAAUGUAAAAUUUGUAAGUCGGAAUACAAUAACCUGCACGGUCUUUUAACACACUACGGCAAAAAGCAUCCGGGUGUAAAAGUAAAAGCUGCUGAGUUUGCCCUGGAUAAAGAUGAAAAGCCUAGUACUCUGUACAAAUGUAGACACUGCCCAUAUGUUAACACUCGCAUCCAUGGUGUUCUAACGCACUACCAGAAACGGCACCCUUUGGUGAAAGUCACAGCGGAUGACUUCAUGAAUGAGGCUGAGAAGCUUCCAGAAGGUCAACAGAAUGAUAUAGAAGACAUUAAUAAGAUCCCAAAGCAAGGGUUUGGAGCUUACAGGUGCAAAUUGUGUUCAUAUGCACAUGGCUCUCUUGACAAGUUAAAGGUCCACUAUGAAAAAUACCACCGACAGCCAGCAAUUGAUAUGUUCACUGAAUCGGCAGCUCAGACUGUUGUACCUGAGGUACCAAAGACCCCUGUGGAAGAGGAGAAGGACGAUGUGAAGCCAAGCGACGAAAAAGAUUUUCCUCCAACAGUUGUUCCCUUUUUAAGUGGUUGUUCAGGGCUCAAUGCCUUAUUCAAAUGUCAGCUAUGCAAGUACUUCUGCUCUUCCAGAAAGGGCAUAGCGAGACAUUACCGUAAUAAACAUAACAACGUCCGGGCCCAACCAGAGGGGAAGAACAAUAUUUUUAAAUGUGCCUUGUGUUCAUACACUCACCAACUUCGCAAAGGGCUUGCUGCUCAUUACCAAAAACGCCACGAUAUUGAUUCUUACUAUACUCAUUGCCUGGCGGCCUCCAAAACAAUGGUUAGUAAAAAACCUGAGAAACUUAUCCUUCCUAUUGAACCAAAACCAGAGUCUCCCCCUCUGACCGAAGAGCUCAGGAGAGCAGUGGAGAAGAAAAAAUGUUCCUUGUGCUCAUUCCAAACGUAUACAAAGAAAGGCCUGGUCUCUCACUACAUGAAGCGCCAUCCUGGCGUCUACCCCAGAAAACAGUACGUCAGCAAGUAUAACGGGUACUUUACGGUUGUGUAUGCUGAUGACGAGGAGGAAGAGCCGCAGGCGGAGAAUGAGAUGCCCGCGGCGACUGUUAUAGAAGCCCCCCCAGUGGUUGAGAACAAAGACUGUGGGUGGCUACCCUUCAAAUGCGUGAAGUGCUUCAAGCUAUCUUUCAGUACAGCACAGCUGCUCUGCAUGCAUUACACAGACUAUCACAGUCGGGAUCUGAAACUGGACUUCAAGUUGCUCCCUGGCAGCACCCGUUCACACAGCCCAACCUACGAGUGCAAGCACUGUAGCAGCAAACUCCUGAGCACGUUGGAACUGAGUGAGCAUCUAAACCAGCACAAUGAGGACUUUAGCAGAUGGGCAAAACUGCAGCAAGAGAAAAGGGUGGUCGAAGAAGGCGAACGGAAAGAGGAUGAGGAACGGAAAGAGGAUGAGGAACGGAAAGAGGAUGAGGAACGGAAAGAGGAUGAGGAACGGAAAGAGGAUGAGGAACGGAAAGAGGAUGAGGAGAAGCCUCCGGAAAUAAAAGUUGAUUCAGAACAGCAACUGAAAGAACAGAAACCGAUUGAUAUUCAGCCAACACAACCCCUUCCUUUGCCCAAGGAUAGACGUGUAGUGGGAUACAAGUGCAGCUUCUGUUCUGAGGUCCAUCCAACACCGCGAGCCAUAUCAAAUCAUCUUCGGAAGCAUGUUGCAUUUGGAGAGUCGAUGGAUUCGUCUCGCACUGCCGAGGAGAAUAAGAAUGAAGAAACACUUUCCAUGUAUUCACCCGAAAAAUCUUCAGAAGUUUUACACUAUGGCGAGGCAGAGCAGCUGUUAGAAGGGGAGGAGGAUUCCAUCGCUGCGGAUGCUACCCUGGGAGGUUACCCGUGCAGUCAGUGUGAUCGGAUUCUCAUGUCCCUCCAAGGCCUGCGGUCCCACGAAAGGAGUCACAUGGCUUCGGCGCUCUUUUGCCGUGAAAGCAAACACCACUGCCAGUACUGCUCAUUUGUCACUGCUUUCAGACAAAACUUGGAACGACACAUGCAGAAUCAACAUGGACAUCAGAAACCAUUCAGAUGUAAACUUUGCUCAUUUAAGACUGCCUUUAUCAGCGGGCUCCAGAGCCACAUCCAGAGAGCUCAUGCUGUGGAGCAUAGCUACAAGUGUUCCUUCUGUUCCCAUACCACAAUGAUGGUAAGCCAGCUGAAACAGCAUUAUCUGAAAGUGCAUGGCCACAUCCUGCCAGUAUCCAAACGGCACACUGACCCUCCAGCAGCCUCUACGUCUGCAGACGGUGAACCACAGAGAGAGACCCAUGCUGAAGAAAUAGCGGAAUCAGAUGAUUCUUCUUAUUCGGAGCCACCGGACGUCCAGCAACAGCUUAACCAUUACCAGACAGCUGCCAUGGCAAGGAACCUCUCCAGCCCUGGGCCAGUGCCAUCACCUGCUGCUCCAGCUGAACAAGUAACCAAAGGGCACUUCACUUGUGAAUUCUGUCAGUUUAACUCUGAAUAUAUUCAAAGCAUGAGGCGCCACUAUCGAGACCGGCAUUGUGGGAAGAAGCUGCACAAGUGCAAGGAUUGCUCGUUUUUUACUGGGUUCAGGUCUACAUUUUCUAUGCAUGUUGAAGGGAGUCACACAGCUCCUCCUGUUGAAGGUCCUAAGGAUCUCCGUUGCCCCCUCUGCCUGUACCACACAAAAUACAAAAGUAGCAUGAUUGAUCAUAUUGUUCUUCACAGAGAGGAGAGAGUUGUCCCCAUUGAAGUCCGCCGUUCCAAGAUCUCCCGACACUUGCAGGGGAUAGUGUUUCGUUGCGACAAGUGCACCUUCACAUGCUCCAGUGACGAGAAUCUGCAGAUACACAUGGAGAAGCACAAGGAACUGAAACCAUUCAAGUGCCAACUGUGCUACUAUGAGAGCAGAAUAAAAGAUGAUCUUGAGAAUCACCUUCAGGACGAACACAAAGUGGUUCGUAACUUUGAAUUGGUCGGUCGUGUCAACUUGGACCAGUUGGACUCGAAAGAGAAGGAGUUCUCGAGCAGUGAAGAGGAAUCCCGUGAGGAAGAAAAAGGGAAUAUAGUUGAACAAAGAGGUAUUGUGACAUGUCCAGGGAGUGGAAACCGUGUUUACAAUGAGAAGAGGUUCCCCUGCGAAUUUUGUGGUCGCACGUUUGCGCAUGGCUCUGACUGGGAGCGUCAUAUCCAGAGGCACAGCAUGGCGUUAAGUGAGAACAGCCAUCAAGACCAUGAAAAGAAUCAGGCAGCAGAGAAUAUCAGUGAAGACAGCUUUGCGCUUCCAGCAACUGUAAAGCAAACAGAUUCUGAUGACAAGUUGGUGGCUGGAAUUUCUCCAAGAGACCCAGCAGCCAGCUCAAGCAUUACAGCUGUAGUGAAGGACGACCCCCAGGAUCCAAACACUGAGACCAAAAAUGAUGACUGAGCUGUGCUGGUUUACUUGAAGAUUGUGAAAAGUUUUUUCUGUCCUUGCUCCUUUCCCCAUUCCCUUCCCUUGCCUCCAAUUCUUUACCAUCUCCUGAACACAGUGACUCCUGCUCGGGUACAGUUCUGCAGAUGCAGGCAGCCUUCCAAUACCUUUCCCCAUUGACCAUUCUUCAUGAGCGAGCCAAAACAGUGCAUUUUGGUAGAGUAUUAGGGGGAAGCAUCACAACUGGGCCCAAUUCUAUCUCUCACUCAAUAUUCAGUCUCUCUCAACAGGGUCACUGGAGAACAAACAAGAGAGGGAAACCUUGGCUGAUAGUCACCCCUUUCUAGCCUGGAGAUAUUGAAGCUAAUUAUACAUCAACUAACUCAGCAGGGAUUGAACCUGGGACCUUCCUGGUCUAAUAUAGUUUAGUACCAUACCAUGUGGUGCAAUUCCCCACUGAACCACCUUUGGGAGCCUUUUGGGUUUUUUCCCCUCCCUCAUUUGAUGUAUUCAAGUGAACUGUGUAAAAUACUGUGGAAUAUCAUUUAUCCAGUGAGUUUUCUUUUUUUAAAAACUUGUAUGAUCAAGAAACAAGUAUGAUCUUGUGGGGAUGUCACUACUUCAUUAUAGCGACUGUGGCAUUCAUUGAAGGAAUGUUUCAUAGUGCUUUUUUUUUAAAAAAUAGACUUUGACUAAGUGCAUUGAAAACCAAAUAAAAAAAAAUACCCCAAAUGUUACUCUUAACACAGCUACCAGUCUGCUGGUGCAUAUAAAAUGGUUCCUGGGAGCUGAAUGAUCAAGCGACCUCUGACUCAGUGAGUUUUAUGUUCUGACGGAAUUGUUUGCAAGCUGCUAUAUUGUAUCCUAUAACUUGUUGAGUUCAAGAUGCGCAAUUGAUUCGGUCCCAAGUGAAAGAGCCAUUUUGAAGAGUCAGUUUGACUUGUGGGUAUAUUGUGGGUUAUAACUGCUCGAAGCCCGUCCACCAAAUCUACCCACCCAGUUAUAACCUCAAAUGUAUUUGUCAUGAGUUAAGUAUUACUGGGAAUGUAAAAGCAACACCUGUAUAAGCAACUCCUAUAUUUGCUCAAAAAUAUAGGAACAGCACUAUGGAUACCUGGUAAUAAUGUUACCGGGUGGGGGGGGUGAGGGGGGCGUGUGUGGUCAGGGGGUCAGCAUCUUGAAUAAAGGACUUCACUUCGGGCUCUUAUUACUGAAACUGUCAGAUCCAGGUUACUUGUAGCACCACCACUUUUCUGAGUGUUGUACAGUACUGAACAAAUGUUACUGUACUGAAGAAACAUUUUUUUUUGUUUCCGUGCACUAAUGCAAGUGGUAAUUUUUUAAAAAUAAAUUAAAAAAAAAUGUUUUUUAAAAAAGACUUGAUGUUUGUACAGAAGAUUAGAAGUGUUCCUAACAAUGAUUACUGUUAAUGUAGGAUAAUUUGGUGCAAAAGCGAUCAUAAUUUCCAGUACCUCAGCAUUAAUCUUUACUGAAUGUUCAUUCUGUAUUAGUAAUACCUGUUCAUAAACUGUGUAGAGUUUUUUCCUGCACAUCCACGGCCAGGUGUGCAUACAAUGUUGUAGUGAGACUACUUUUAUGAGUAAAAAAAAAUUCCAUAUGUUCGGUUUUGUUUGCCAAGUUUACAUUUUGUGUACUCUUUAACUAUAAGGGUUGUCAAACCUCUUGCUGAAUGAAUUACUUUUUUUUAAAAAAGUAUUUGUUCAGAGUUUCAGUCCAGAUUCAGACGUUCACGUUAUCAGAUACAUUUGUAUUGUGAUCAAGGUAUUUUACAAAUGACGCUUUCAUAGAACAGCAAAGAAUAUCUGUUUCUUGAAAUAGUUCAUUAACCACCUAUUUUCAUGUUGAAAACAGGGACAAAAUCAGAGCAGUUUCUGUGAAAAAGACAGGGAUAUUGCAGAUUACAUGUAUAUUGUGUUCCUCCUUUUGUCUACAUUGUAGCUUAGGAAGCUCCUUUAAAUAUUUUUGUUAUCUGAAAUACUUUGAAGUUGACUGUUAGACAUAUGUUGGAAGUCUCUCUUGUAAUUUUAAAACCAACUGUAAGGGUGAGGACAUGAACUCUGUAAACAUUACCAAAAUUGAUUGAUUGGCCUUCCUCUCUAUUUUGAUAGCGCAGCUUCUAAAUGAUGCUGUUUAGUUUCUAGGAUGACCUGUAAAUACUGUACUUCCUGGUAUUUUGUUUGCUGACUUGAUAAAUAAAAAGUGAUGACUCCUU